GCGACAGCAAUCGAUGUGAAGCUGAAUCUUAUCUAAAGCGAUUGUCGGCCAUUGUUGCUGGAAUCGUGAGGGGAGGUCGCGAAGAUGGAUCUGGAAGGCCGCGCGAUCGAGGAGCUUGCGAAGGCGCAGCUGGAGGUGUUAGGGCUUGCAGUGAGCGUAGUGUUUCCUGCAGCUCUGAAUGCCGUCGUGAAAAUGCAAGUCGCCGAGGUCCUGGCCACCGCAGCUGAAGAAGGCCACCGCUCGCUUUCUGCCGAUGAGAUCGUCGCCCGCAUGCCCAACAGGCCCAGUCAGCCCAACUCGAAGAACCUCGAGCGCCUCCUCCGUGUUUUGUCCUUCAAAGGAGUGUUCAAGGAAGAGGCGAGACAUGACAAGCGCCGGACCUUCCGGCUGACGCCCAUGUCGAGCGCUCUGAUACGGAACCUACCCGAGGGAACGAUGGCGAACUACGUCUUGCUGACCAGUCUCGGUCAAGAGUUUAUCGAAUCAUGCAAGCACCUCACUGCGGCUGUGCUGGAAUCCAAGGUGCCGUUCGCCAUGGCGCACGGUGGCAAGCACCAGUUUCAGUACUGUGCUGCAAAUCCGGACUAUAGCAAUGUGUUUCAGGCAGCAAUGACUGACCACAGCCACCAGCUCGUGGACCUCAUGCUGGCGAAGUUCGAGGGGUUCAAGGACGUGCAGCGCAUGGCGGAUGUGGGUGGCGGUGUCGGCACCACUAUUGGCAGAAUUGUUGAGCAAUAUCCCCACAUCCAGGGCAUCAACUUCGAUUUGCCGCAUGUGAUCGCCCAUGCUCCACAACGCGAAGGUGUGGAGCACAUCGCUGGAGAUAUGUUUGAAAGCGUUCCGCCUGACUGCGAUGCUUUCUUCCUAAAGAACAUUAUUCAUGACUGGGACGAUGAACUCAAUAUCCAAAUCCUGAUGAAUUGCCACAAAGCUCUGCCAUCUCGCGGGCGUGUGAUCAUGGUCGAUGCCGUGCUGCCCGCCACCACCCUCUUGCGAGAGUCGUCUCUGGACGACAUGUGUGCAUUCGAAGCAGAUAUUACCAUGAUGGCGGUCUCCGCGCACGGGCGUGAGCGAGAUGCAGAGGAAUGGGAGAACCUUGCCACAACAUCUGGCUUCACAAAUAUCACAUUCGUGAAGUUAGAUUACAUGUAUGUGAUAGAAGCCAUGAAGCCUUGAAAAUUAGUUUCGUUUCUUUGACAAGUUUCUUCUAAUGCUCAACAAUGACUACGAGUCAUCCAUGGUGGCUGUUUGUUAUAAUCUCUCUCUCUCUCUCUCUCUCGAUAUAUAUAUAUAUAUAUAUAUGCGCACUAGUUGUUGAA